GUGUGCGGAAAGUUUGUAAUUAUGGUAUCGUCCUUUUUCUAGAGCGAUUCUCAAGCAGAAAAAUUCAUCUUUGGUUCCCAACCGAGAUUCGGGAACGUGUGAACGUUGUGUCGGAACAUCGCCCGCAUCGUGACAAUGUCAUUUGCCGAAGACGAGGAUGGCUAUUCGUCGAACUAUCACGUCGGAUCUUUGCCUCGUGACUAUGCGUAUGGAUCUGACGAAGCCGAGGGAGAGCAGCCACAUGAUACACAGUGCGGCAGGAAACGCAAGAUCCUACUUAUGGGUUCCAAAGGGAGUGGCAAGUCUUCUAUAGAAAAAGUGGUUUUCCACAAGAUGUCCCCCAACGAGACUUUGUUCCUGGAAAGCACAAACAAAAUUGUGCGAAAUGAUACCUCAAACAGCUCCUUUGUCAGACUGGACAUCUGGGACAUCCCAGGCCAGGUGGACUUCUUCGACCAGGUCUCCGACUUCAAGAACGUCUUUGGAGGCUGGGGUGCCCUCGUGUUUGUUAUAGACGCCCAGGACGACUACAUGGAGGCCCUGCAGAAGCUGAACAAGACGGUGACCAUGGCGACCAAGGUGAACCCCGAGAUGAAGAUCGAGGUGUUCAUCCACAAGGUGGACGGCCUGUCGGACGACCACAAGAUCGAGACCCAGCGGGAGAUCCACCAAAGGGCCUCGGACGACCUCGCCGACGUGGGCCUUGACAACGUACAGCUCAGCUUCUACCUGACGAGCAUAUACGACCACUCCAUCUUUGAGGCCUUUAGCAAAGUGCUGCAGAAGCUCAUUCCCGAGCUGCCAACGUUAGAAAACCUCCUCAACAUCUUUAUAUCGAACUCUCGCAUCGACAAAGCAUUCCUGUUUGACGUGGUGACCAAGAUGUACAUUGCCACGGACAACUCUCCUGUCGACAUGCAGUCUUACGAGCUGUGUUGCGACAUGAUCGACGUCGUCAUGGACAUUUCCGGCAUUUAUGGUUUGCAGGCAGAUGGCGAAGGAAGCACGUUUGACAGCGAGUCGUCGAGCAUCAUCAAGCUGAACAAUGGCACGGUGCUGUACCUGCAAGAGGUGAACAGGUUCCUGGCACUGGUCUGCAUACUCAGGGAGGAGAACUUCGACAAGCAGGGGCUGAUCGACUACAACUUCCAGUGCUUCCGGCAAGCUAUCCACGAGGUCUUCGAAGUCCAGUGCCGGGUCUCGCAGGCAGCCGGAACCCCGGGCUACAACUCCGUCGACCUCAACCUGAGCAACGGGUACCCAGAGACGCGGUGAACUCAACUCCUCGACCCCACCCUCGUGUACAUACAGCCCGCUCCGGCCGAGAGUGUCGACGCCGCGGACACAAGUCGGAGCCCCCGUUAGCUUUUUUUAGUGCGUUUGCCGCUUCACCCCCUUCUUGCGGAGGGCCAGACGGUUGAACCCACUUCUGGUUACUAGAAAACAGAGCUUUAAAAGACGUGUUUUAAGAGUGUAUACGAGAAUGGAUAGUAUCUUUGCCCCACCUUAUUUAAUUGAAGGGAAAGAGUGGAAUUGCGACGAUUGUGAGGCUUGCAAAUAAAGCGUGUGUUGGAGUGA